AUUAAGCCAUAAUUUAAAAUUGGGCCCACCAUAUUUUAUUAUAUAUUCAAGCAGUGUGGGUAACAAGAACUGUGACAUAACCGAACCGUCCCCAGUCUCUCGCGACCAACCACAAACUCCCGACUCUACCACCACUCUAGCCACCCAACUCUCACUCUAUCUCACUACGAUUUUGAUGAGUGAACACUCUUUGUUGAAUAAUCCCCCAUUCAAGAAUUUUUUGGACCUGUGACAAUUCUACCAACUGUCUCUGUCGCCAGAGACCCCUUGCCUUCCAAGAAUCGCAGCCGUGCUUCGGAUUGGGAGUUCUUGAACCCACCGGGUGUAGGAGAUUAUGGAGAUUAUGUGGAUUGGCGUUCCACUGUAAAUGCUUCAAGAGAGUCGAUUACUUUUGCUUAAGAAGUUGCUGGAGAAGGUCUCACCGCCGGAGAAGGUGGUGUGUAUCGGAGUUUCAAGAACAACGAUGCUUCCAACAAGUUCAAUACUUUCGCCGGAAAUUCUGGUUGCGGUUGCGUUUGUUGUGGAAAAGAGUUCAAAUCAGCAAUUGCAAUGCCAAUUGUUGCUGCUAUUGUCGCGGCAACCGCAGCGACCGCUGCGUCAGUAGCAGCAUCGACGACAAAUGCUGUCGUUGGUGAGAGCAGAAGAGGCUUAAAAGCAUGGCAAAAAAGUUAUUCUAUCAUACUUUGGUGACAUUGAUUCUUGGGGCUCUACUACUACCGGAAUUGAGUGCCAAAACAUCAAUCAAGGACCAAAAAGAACAAAAGUGGCAAAAGCUACUUCGCCAUGGCGAGCAGUUCCAGAGAGUUGGAAAAACAGGACAAGAGUACUUCGCCAUGGCGAGCAGAAAUUCUGCCAGGCAAAAAAAGGCGGUUUUAUCUGAUCAAAGUUACGUGGCAGAAACCCAUUGGCAAAGAAAGCUCAAGUCGCCAUGGCGAGCCAAACUUCGCCAGGCGAAAUGUCACUUUUUCAGCAUAUGUAUAAAAGCUCAUUUCCCUCAUUUCAGACAGAAUCAUCAUAACAUAAGCCACUUUAGGAAGAGAGAAAACAGGGGAAACAUAGAGAGACCAUUAAGGAGCAAGGGGCACAAAGAUUGAAGGGAUUCACAAGAUCAUUGAUACAUCAUGGCUUGCUUUUAUUCCAUCUCCUUGUAAGGUUACCAUGACAAUGAGUAGCUAAACUCUUUUUGUUGGGGAUUAAAUGCAGUUAACUCUAUUAGUAUGUAUUCCCUUUGAUUUGGAUGUUGUGUGAUUCUAAAUUAUCUUAAGAUAUUGAUGUUAUUCUUGCUUUUCAUUUCUA